AUGAACCGUGUUAAUGCAAGUAUGCGGGGGAGGCCUGCCGCUCCUGACCUGCGACCCGUGCCUCACGCCGCAUAUUAUAGGAAACACGCGCAAUUUCUGGUCUCUCUUCCUCCUCUCGAUCCGCGCCUUGCGCCAAACGCAUCUCAGCCAAAUGCAUCUCAGCUGCAGGCACACCGGAUCCGCCCGCCGCGCCACGCGCUGUCGGCCGCGCCCCGCCGUGAGCCGCGCCCCGCGCGCACGCCGUUGGCUGCGGCCUGCCCGCUGCCCGAGCCGCGCCUACGCCGGUGGCCGCAGACAGGCCGCGCCCCGCCGCCCGCCGCGAGCCGCGCCUACGCCGGUGGCCGCGCUCCGUCCGUCGCUAGCCCGCGCACACAUCGGUGGCCGCCCCUUCGCCACCGUGAGCCCGCUGGUCGCGCGCACGCCGGUGGCCGCGCCCCCCGCCGCGAGCCCGCUGCCCGAGCGGCCGCGCCGGUGCCCGCUCCUCUCGAUCUCCGAUGGCCUUCUCCACGUACGCGUCCUCGCCCGCCCGAGCCGCGACUACCCCCACCCAGAUCAGCGCAGCAACAAAGGAAGGAAUUAACCAUGAGAAUGGAAGGGCUGCUGUACAGCAAGGUGCAGGAGGGGAAGCUCUUCGCCUUGCACCGCGUCAACACCGCCCUACAGGGCCCCUUCUUCUCUGUGUUCGACAUCUCACCAGGCUCGCCGUUGACCUCGACCAGGGAGCUCCCGGUGAUGCUCGAGGCCUCCCGAAGCCCCGGUGCCGCCAACGCUGCCACAUGGGACUUCUUCGCUGCGGGCAAGGGAUCCCACAAGGUCUCCCUCGGUGGUGAUUUCAGCAUCCAGGUCGGAAACUGGACAGAUGACUUGAAAUCGUUGAUUUGGGAACUUAGCAAUGCAGAUAAAGAAAUAAAAACUACUUCAGCAUGGGUUUUGCCCAGAGCCAAUCAGAACAAUGUUAUUAUAAAAAAAGUCAGAACAAUGUUCUUGUUCAAAAUCAGAUCCUGUGAACUCUCUGAAUGCAGUAAUGACAGAUUCAGAGGAUUGCCCAUCUCCACCAAUAACAGCUUCAAGCGUCAGGCUAUCAGUACAAAAACCUCUAGAUUCUUAAAAUGAGAUAGGAGUGUUCAGUACAGCAAGGUCAAGAGAAACAAAAUAGUAUUGUAAAGGGGAACCUUUUGAAAUAGAAGACACAAAGAGUAAAGUUGGAGCGCUUACUGCUGACUUCUCAGGUAGGCACAUGUGCCUUUGCUCCUCUCUACUAAUUAGUGCAUUAUCAUGGCCAUUUCGUAUUAUCAAGACAAAACUGUUAAUGUACUUGCAAAAAUAAUCCUUUUUUUAGCAAUGGUAUUAUUUGGAUUGCAUGUAAUUUUGACGCUCAAUGAUUUUCUAUAUAACUGAAAUGCUAGAACAUUCCAAAAGAUGAUUAUGGAGAUAUUCCUUACAAGAAUGACACCUUCAGACACAAAUGUCUUUUUUUGCGAUAAUGGAUAUGCUGAUGUUAUAUAAUUGUCAAAAAAAAACUGGACCAUUUUAUUCUCAUAAUGAGUUGAUUCAUAACUAAUGGGAAGAUACAUAAUUGGCCAACUUUGAGUAUGGAUGAAAAUCUCCAGAUGACUGCAAAGAUCGUUGUGGUUUGCAAUGAUACAAGCAUUGGCCCACUGAGCAUUAUUAUGUUUCUAUUGGGUCGCUGCGUCCUUUUCUAUUUAGUGAGGUGAAUAAUAUACAAGGGGUAAGUAGCUUAUUAAUUUAUACUAUUAUAAUAGGGUUAUAAUAGGAUGCUUUCUACAUGUCAAUAUUCAAUUAUUAAAAAUACAAUGGGAAGAUAAAAAGGUUAGGAGAAGGAAUAUGAGUUGUGAUCCUGUGGGGUAUGAAAACAGGUGUUAGCUAGGAUUCAUAUGGAAAUAGGGUGGUAGAGGAUAAGGAUUUUCAUUUUUUAUUAGGCAUCUUUAGUUAAAAUUCAUAUUGAUUUGAUCCUUAUGUUCAAGCAAGGUGCUCUUGCAUUUUCAUGGAAAUAUCUUGUGUCACCACUGUGUGAUGGAUAUCUUGUUUGUUUGCUCAGAAGUCAAGAUCCAUCACUCCUAAAUGUUGCUUAAAAUUUAAAGCAAGUUUUAUGUAUCUAUGGAUUCUUUAGCCUCGUUGGAUAUUUUUAGCCAUAUAUUUUUCUUCUCUGUUGAAAUCAUAACAUGUUCAAAUUAUAUAUGUUAUCCAUUAAAUGUAUUAUACUAUGAUUGUGGUCUAAUUCUAUACACUUCGGACUCCAUAUGGGCAAGGGGGGUGAGUAUGUUUUCCAGCAGUUCGAAGUUGACAUCUACAUCAAGAUUGAGAGUUCGCGUUUUAGACUAAACAUGAGGAACAAUUAGGAUACUUUGAGAGCUGACCUAUACCAAGGCCAUGGACAAUUAAUAUAUUCGGGUGAAAAAUCUGUUGAGAUUGUUGGAAGGCGUAUUGUCCAGUCUUCGUUAUUCAUGGGAGGACUUCAAAUGAUGUUAUCUGUGCUCUUCAUGACUGUAAUUUCACAAACUUUAUUUUUAAAUAUUUAUUUUUUAUAGUAUUAUUAUCUUA